GCCAUCACUAUAAACCCUAUUCUGCAACCGGCUUCCCAGAUUCCUUUCCUCUCUGAUUACUGAUUUCUCAUUCAUUUCAAAGCUAAAAAAUGUCGGAUCAAGAAGACUUGGCUCUCCUCCUUUCACUCGAAGAUAGGGUUUUGGAAACCCCUCCGGCAUCUCCCUCAUCCCACUCUCCAGAUUACCUAUCGGAUGAUGAGCGACCUAAGCGAGUUGGGCAGACGGACAUGUCUGUCUUCCGAGUUGCGGUUCAGGAUUGUCUUGAUUACGAUACUGAAACUGCUAAGAAGGCUCUCAAAUCUAAACCCAAUAUUUCCAAGGCAUCAAAUGAUUCGGAGGUGGAAAAGUUUUCUGGUUUACGGAUUCGGAAUCAAUUAGUCUCACCGCUUGAGCUGAGCAACCGCUUUUCUGAUAUCCGAUUUGUUCGAUUACCAGCAAUAAAGAAUUUGCUAUCAGGAGAUACCCUCUCAGGGUGUUGGGCAACUGUUGGGGUCCUAACUGAGAUGGGACAACCGAGGACUAGCUCUACUGGAAAGCCCUAUGCAAUUUGGAAAAUGGGAUGCUUGAAAGAAAAUACUGUUUCAGUAUUUUUGUUUGGCGAUGCUUAUCAGAGGAAUAGCAAUGAGAAGGCUGGGGCUGUGUUUGCCCUUUUCAAUUGCGGUGUCCGCAAUGAUAAUUCGGAGAAUGGCUUUUCGUUGAGUGUAUAUUCUGCAAGUAACAUCUUAAAGAUCGGCACUUCUGUUGAUUAUGGAGUUUGCAAGGGGAAAAGGAAAGAUGGAAUGGCUUGCACACUAGUCAUUAAUAAACGUAAUGGUAUAUAUUGCAGCUACCAUAGACAGAAAACAUCAGAGAAGUACUCUGUCACAAGGACCGAACUCAAGGGAGGGAACCUAAGAACUGCUUUUAGGGGUCCUCUCAAAUCAGAAGGGAUCUAUAUGGUUGACCCUUUAGCUGACAAAACAAACUUAGCAAAGAACAAAGCAGUGAAAUUAUUUUCUGCAGAACAACUAAAAGAAGCUUUGAGUAAAGCAGGGAAAGUGACUACAAAUGCGUAUUCGCAGGGAAUUCGAUUUCUUAAUAAGAUUACAGAAGAAUCAAAAAGUUCCAAAGAAUUUUCUACUGCACAGAGUCAACGAAUAAGCAAGACAAGUGAAAGGAUAUCAACUAAAAGAAAGAAUCCAACUCAAGUCAAAACAGGUGAAGUGCAUGUGCAUAGCAAGAGAUCAAAAUCACAUGAAGGAACAGAUAGAGUAAAAGAAGUGCAGGUUAAAGAGAAAAUGAUAGAACUAGACAUUGUAAGCUCAGAUGAUGAACUCUAGAAUUCCCUGAUUUUGCAUUGUGCCCCUCGCGACACAAUUAUUUGUCAUAGCUGUAGAUAAUUUUUUUAUUGGAAUUUUUAUGACAUUGUAUGUGUACAAUUUAGAGAUUAAGCUGGUAAUUCAGCAUA